ACAAGUUUGACACGUGAUAUUCUAGUACAUAGCUUAAGUACGUAGGUGUGACUUGUCAGCUGAUGUAUCGUCAAGAUUUGUUAAAUUAACAAUUACUCUUUUAAAUUUGCUCUGUUAUUCUUCAUUUAUCGAUAAUAAUGGCUUUACAUUCAGCGGGGAAAGGGAAACUUCUUGCUGUGAUCGGAGACGAGGAUACUUGUGUUGGAUUUCUUUUGGGCGGGGUUGGUGAAAUUAAUAAACAUCGACAACCCAAUUUUAUGGUCGUAGAUAAAAAUACAGCUGUAAGUGACAUAGAAGAUACGUUUAAACGUUUCAUUAAACGAGAUGAUAUUGAUAUUAUACUUAUAAAUCAAAAUGUUGCUGAAAUGAUUCGUCACGUAAUUGAUAGCCACACACAACCCAUACCUUCAGUAUUAGAAAUUCCAAGUAAAGACCAUCCAUAUGAUGCCAGUAAGGAUUCUAUUUUAAGGCGUGCUAAGGGAAUGUUUAAUCCAGAAGAUAUACAUUAAUCUGUGUAUAAAAAAGAUUUGACGACCUCUUUGGUAUUUGUUAAUAUCUGUAUGUAAUGGCUGUUCUGACAUUAUAGAUUACAUAGAAAAAAUAGAAAUAUGUAUAACAUUCCAUUAUUUACAUCUCAAAAAUUUACCAAUUUUUCAAUUUCUUUAUACAAUGUGUGUAUAAAUCUUGUUCUGUGCAGACAUCUGGUAUUAUUUAAAUUUUAAAUCAUUGUUAAACAAAAGAAGCAUAUUCUACUAAGACGUUGCUUAUAUGAAUUUUUUGAUUAUGUAAAUAAAUAUAAUAAACAAAAA